AUGUUAGCUUCACCACCAAUUCUUAGUAAGCCGGAACCAGUGGAGCUUUUAUAUUUGUAUUUGUCCGUUUCCCAAGAAGCAGUAAGUUCAGUGCUUGUCCGAGAAGGAAAGAAUGGGCAACAGCAGCCCGUGUACUUCAUCAGCAAAGUGUUGCAAGGAGCAGAGGUGAGGUAUCAGCAUGUAGAGAAAGUGGCUUUUGCAUUACUAAUUUCAGCACGGCGGCUUCGUCAGUAUUUUCAGUGCCAUCAAAUAGUAGUCAAAACGAACCAGCCAAUAAAGCAGAUGUUACAUAAGCCAGAUUUAGCAGGUCGAAUGGUGGCGUGGGCAGUAGAGUUAUCUGAGUUUGGUAUUACCUUUGAAGCAUGUAAAGCAAUUAAAGCACAAGCAUUAGCUGAUUUUAUGGUAGAAAUGACGCAUCCUGGAGGUACUGAAGAAAAUAAAUGGUGGAAGUUGUUUGUAGACGGAUCGUCCAAUAAAAGAGGUAGUGGGGUUGGAAUUAUAGUCGAAAAUUCAGAGGGAGUGGCAGUAGAGCAUUCAUUGUCGCUAGCAUUCCCCACAAGUAAUAAUCAAGCCGAGUAUGAAGCAAUGAUUGCCAGGUUGAUUCUGGCAAAAGAGCUCAGAGCGGAAUGUUUGACAGUGUAUAGUGAUUCUCAGUUGGCGACUUCACAAAUAAGUGGGGUAUACCAAGCAAGAGGAGAAGUUAUGAUAAAGUACUUAGCAAAAGUACAAGAGUUGAUGAAGGAAUUUAAGGAGAUCCGCGUAGAGCAUAUUCGAAGAAGUGAUAAUGUACGAGCAGACGUCUUAUCAAAGUUGGCCAGUGCUAAAGCCACUGGAAGUUUGAGGUCUAUCAUUCAGCAAAGCAUUCAGGCUCCGAGUGUAGUAUGGAUGGUAGAAGAAGUAGAUUGGAGGAGCCCAAUUAAGGGUUAUCUGACGACUGGUAAAGAACCAAACGAAAAGAUGGAGGCAAGUCGUUUGAGAAGACGAGCAACGUGGUUUGUGAUGAUAGAAGGGCAAUUAUACAGACGGGGAGUAAAGUCACCUUUGCUGAAAUGUAUUGCUGCGCCGAACACGGAAUAUGUGCUAGAAGAGAUACAUGAAGGAAUUAACGGGCAUCACCUUGGUGGGAAGUCGUUAGCAAGGAAGGCUAUACGAGCAGGAUAUUUUUGGCCAACAAUGGGAGAGGACGCUAAAAGACACGUUCAGAAGUGUGACCAAUGCCAGAAGUUUUUUAAUGUGUAUCAAGCUCCUCCCGAAGAGUUAUUUACCAUUUCGUCACCUUGGCCAUUCUAUAAGUGGGGCUUAGAUCUUCUAGGUCCCUUCCCUAGGGCAGCUGGAGGAGUUAGAUAUUUGAUAGUGGCAGCAGAUUAUUUUACUAAGUGGAUUGAAGCGGAACCUGUAGCGACAAUUACUGCUCAGAAGGUCCAGAAGUUUUUCAUUGGAAAGAUAAUUUGCAGAUUCGGUAUUCCGACCAUAAUUAUCACUGAUAAUGGGACACAAUUCAUAGACAAGAAGUUUAGACUGAUGGUAGUUGACUUGGGGAUAAAGCACAAGUUCGCUGCAGUAGAACAUCCCCAAACGAACGAGCAAGUAGAGUCGGCUAACAAAAUCUUGACGAAUGGGCUCAAAAGGAGGGUGGAAGGGUGUAAAGGAAGUUGGGUGGAAGAGUUGGAUAAUGUGUUGUGGGGAUAUAGGACCUCCGUGCAGUCCAGCAUUCAAGAAACACCAUUUAAGAUGACAUAUGGUUUUGAAGCUAUGUUGCCAGUGGAAGUCGGAGAGCCAACCUGGAGGAGGAAAACGAUAUUAUAA